AUGGCCGCUUUCCAACCCGUCAACCCCCUAUCCGUCAACGCCAACCCGGCGGCCGAAACCAUGCACAAAGACUCGGUGACGCCGUCGGCCCCGACCGAGGCCGUCGUCACGCCCCCCGACGACGGGGCGACGCCGACGAGGGCGACGUUUGCCGGGGCCGCCUCGGGCCAGAAACCGCUGCCGACCGACGCCUUUCCUCGAGGCGUCCGCGUGCCCGAUUCCGCCUCCGUCUCGCCGCGCCGGGAGGCUCCGUCGACGAUGGUGCCCGGCGAGUCGAUGGAUGUCGACAUGGACGAGUCGGACGCCGGCGAGGAGCACGCCGACGACGGCUCCGACGACGAGAGCGUCAACGCCGACGGCUCCAAGUCGAGCAAGAAGAAGAAAUCCCAGCGCUUCUACUGCACCGACUACCCGCCCUGCAACCUGAGCUUCACGCGGAGCGAGCACCUCGCGCGACACAUUCGCAAGCACACGGGUGAACGGCCCUUCCAGUGCCACUGCUCCCGACGCUUCUCCCGCCUCGACAACCUGCGCCAGCACGCCCAGACGGUGCACGUCAACGAGGACAUCCCCAUGGACUCGCUCGCCGCCACGGGCUCGCGCUUCCAGCGUCACAUACGCGCCGAGCGAGUCCGCCAGGCCGGCAACCGCGCCCGCGCCUCCACCGGCGGCAGCGCCGGCGGCCCCGUCCGCGGACACUCCAAGUCGCUGUCGACGUCGAGCAUCGCGAGCAUCAGCUCCAUGGGCUCCUCCUACGCCGGCCCGCCCGACCUGCGCCGCCGCCCGUCGCCCCUCGUCGUCGGCUCCGACCCGCGCUCCCGCCACUCGCUCGAGUCCUACCACGCCCUCGACGGCCCGUACUCGUACCGUCCGCCCUCGCCGAGCGACUUUGGCACCCCGACGUCGGCCACCUUCUCGACGACGCAGAGCAGCCCGCGGUGGGGCUCGGGCAUGGUCUCGCCCAUCUCGUCGCACUCGCGCUCCCAGAGCGUCUACGUCCCGGGCAAGAGCCCGCCGGGCCGCCGCCUGAGCAUCCCCUCGGCCUACCACGCCGCCCACGCCCACCAGCCGAACCCGCCGCCGCAGUCGGCCUACGGUCCGGCCCUCGUCAACGGCGGCCACGCGCCGACCUACCACUCGCCCACGGGCUCGACGGCGCCGUCGUCGUCGGCCUGGGGGAGGCGCGACUCGGCCGCCGCCGCCGCCGCCGCCGCCGCCGCCGACGAUGCCUGGCGCCGUCGGACCUGGCACCCCGACAGUCGCGGCUACCACGGCGCCAACGCCAACCCGCCCCCGAGCCAGCUGAGCGCCGUCGGGAGCCAGUCGGUGCGGCCGAACCCGCCGCCGCCCAUGGCCACGCCGUCGUCGACGCAGACGUCCUUUCGCCUCCCCGGCAUCGAGUCCUUCGACCCCCUGCCGCCGCGCAACCCGUCGCCCAUGUCCGUCGACGGCGAACCCGUCCGUCGCCACUCCAUGUUUCCGCCGUCGCACGCGCCCUCGGACCUGCCGCACCCCGACGAGCGCCGGAACCUCAACAGGUACGACGCGAGCCUGCAGCGCGGCCUGACGCGCCUCGACAUCGGCCGCAAGUCGCCGCCGCGACGCGACGCCGCCGGCGCCUGGGCCUCGGACGCCAACAGGGCCGUCCAGGCCCAGGCCGAGCACGCGCGCCAGAACCCGACGACGGUGCGCUUCGAGCAUCAGGUGCCGCCCUCGCGCCAGGGCCACGCGCCGCCGAGGGCCGGCCACUCGCUGCACCAGCAGACCAUGUCGGCCCCCUCCAUCUCGCAGGCCGAGGGCAAGCGUCACGCCUGGUACCACGGGCCGGCGGUGCACGCCAACGGCACCCUGCCGGCGGCGCAGGAUCCGCGCGGCGCCCACGCCGACCGCAUCGUGCACCCCAACCUCAACGGCGCCUUUGGGUUCCCCGCACGGGAGCGAUCGUCGAAGCAGCAGGAUAUGAAGGACGACGCUGCGCUCGACCGGCUCGAGGCUCUCGUGGCCGUCGCCACGAGCGAGGGCACGGCCGCGGCGGCCUACUAA